AGUUUAAUGUUUAGUUUUCCAGCACAACUCUCAAAUAUCAAAUGUCUUAGAAGUGCACUUGAAAAUUUAUAUUUUUACAAAGAAAACAUUAUACAAAAAGCAAAGCUGUUGCCAGAUUCAAAGAAGCAGAAUUAUGCAUACAAUAAGAUAUUUCAUGCUGAUUCGGAUACUCUAGUAAAUGCAAAACAUUUCAAAAUUAAAUUUGUCUCACCAACACAUUUUACUCCAAAAAAGAAACAAACUUGA